AUGCGUUCGUACUACCUUUCUCCAUUAGCUUGGAGUUUGUGGUCUGCUGCCACUGUCCAAGCAAACUCGGCCGAGACAAUUCAAGCGGCGCUUGGUAGUCUUACCAUCACCAACGUUGAGGAUGUCAGCGGCAAUCUGUACCUUCCAGGCACAUCUGAUGGCUUGAACAUCACUUGGUCAAGCAACAAGCCAUCCAUCAUAUCGGCAGACGGUAUCGUACGGCGACAAGACUGGGCAACCACAGUUGAUCUAACAGCGGUCAUUGAAUAUGACGGAACAACAUCAAACCGGACUUUCAGCGCGAAUGUACGACAAGCGUUCAAGCUUGACGCUUUUGAAGGCUAUGCCUUUACCUACUUCACUGGUAACAGCAUAGCCGGUGAAAAGAUCUACAUUGCAGCAAGCAACGGUAACAACGCCUUGGAUUGGACAGAGUUGAACGGGGGUCAACCAAUUUUGACCUCUACCAUGGGAACCAAGGGACUACGCGACCCAUUUGUCAUGCGUUCAGUCGAGGGGGACAAGUUCUUUUUGCUCGCCACCGAUCUGUCCAUUGGUUCAGGCACAUCCUGGGGUGACGCAGUCAAAAAGGGUAGUCUCUACCUUGAGAUCUGGGAAUCGAGUGACCUCAAGACAUGGUCUGCACAACGACAUGUAAAGGUUUCCCCGCCUACUGCUGGGAACACAUGGGCACCCGAAGCAUACUACGAUGCGAAUCUUGGAUCAAUGCUCUAUGUGACAACACGCGACUUUGUCACUUUUAGCGAGCCUCAGACCUGGCAAGACGCCGGGAUGUCCCGUAUCGAUACCACGGUCAUUCAAGAAGAUGGAGUAUUUUACCGCUUUACCAAAGACGAAGGUGCCACUGGAACAGGUUGCUCUGACAUCAUUGAGGAGCGCUCAUCCCAGCUUCUUGCACCGGUUUCAUCAUGGACACAAGUUGCCGCUUGCAUCGGUCGCAACGCUGGCACAAGCGCUGUCGAGGGACCUACAGUUUUCAAAGCCAACGCUGGCGAUGUCAACGGAGAAAAGUUCUAUCUUUUCGUGGACGAAUAUGGUGGCCGUGGUUACAUCCCGUUGGAGACAGCGGAUAUUGCCAACCCAACUUGGAAGGUCUCCGCUUCUUACAAACUUCCGAUAAGUCCUCGCCACGGCACUGUGCUUCCUAUCACUGCGAAGGAACUCGCUGGUCUGAACACGCAGAAGGUCAGCUCCAUGACGAAGAGAGCUAGCCCCGUACUUCCUGGUUACUACGCCGAUCCUAACAUUGCUGUUUUCGGUGACAAAUACUACAUCUAUGUCACCAGCGAUGGCUACGCAGGCUGGGGCGGAAAUGUCUUCUAUGUCUGGAGCUCGCCCGACCUUGUUGCGUGGACACGAUCAGACGAGCCAUUCUUAACACUCAACGGCACGAGCGGCAAUGUACCAUGGGCAAAUGGCAAUGCUUGGGCUCCUGCCAUCAUCGAGAGAGACGGCAAAUACUACUUCUACUUUAGUGGAAACAACCCGACAUACGAUCGCAAGACCAUCGGCGUUGCAGUUGCAGACUCGCCCGAAGGUCCCUUUACUGCACAACCAACAGCCAUGAUUCUCAACGAUGGCCCAGUCAAGACCGGCCAAGCCAUUGACCCAGCGGUAUUCAAAGAUCCCACCACUGGAAAAUACUACAUCUUCUACGGAAAUGGAGGUUCUGAUAUUAUUGGUUCCAUCUACGCCGAGCUCAACGAUGACAUGGUUUCCGUCAAAGAAAACACCACCACUGCAAUCCCCGGCCUAACUGACUUCCGCGAGGGCAUCUUCGUCAACUACCGCGAAGGCCUUUUCCAUCUCACCUACUCCAUCGACGACACCGGCUCGGAGAACUACCGCGUAGGUUACGCAACGUCCGACAGCGUACACGGACCUUGGACAUACCGCGGCGUGAUAUUGCAAAAGGAUCCAUCGCAGGGUAUCCUCGCCACAGGACAUAGCUCCAUCAUCAACGUGCCUGGUACUGACAACUGGUACAUUUGUUACCACCGCUUCCACAUCCCGGGUGGAGAUGGAACGCACAGGGAGACUACAAUCGAUAAGCUGUUUUUCGAUGAGAAUGGAUUUAUUGUCCCGGUCGUUCCUACGCUAUCGAGUGUACCAGCGGAGAUGAUUCCCGUUGUUUAG